UCAAAAUAUAUUUGGUCAUGACAUGUCGUACACUCUGGUAUGUGCUAUACUCUGAGCACUUUCGGUCGCCCCUUGCCCCACUGUGCCACGAGAUCUGUACAAUCGGGGACACAUGCGCUGGUUGCACGCACUGCCAGCUGCGAUUGCAUGCAACCGCGAUUCAUACGCAACGGGGGUUCAGACAAAGGACGCAUGUAUAUAGCUCAGAAAUCGGGCAAACACAUGCCACGCGUUUCCUGCUCAGUCGAGUGGGCCUGCUCAGCCACAGCAGAUCGAUUAGGAUGCGAUUCAAGACGAGUAUAACCAUAGGCCAUGGACAGCCACACAGGAAUCGACGGCUAAUGGAGCUGGACGACGACAGUCUGCUGAUGAUUUGCGAACAUCUGUCGCUGGGAGACCAACUGAGACUAAUGGAAGUGCAGGAGGAGCGAUUGUCCAGCCUGAUACUGCACUUGUGGUCCAACAGAUACGCCAAGCAGUUUGAUUUUCGCCGGGAGCAGCAAUUAAAGCUGCUAAAGCCCGACGAGCAGGCUCAAAUAUUGGAUCACUUAGGCCGGCGAACAAGAGCCUUAAUUAACCUGCCCGGAACCGGCGAAGGAUGCCGGAAGUGGCUCAAACGGAUGCGACAAAGCCUCACCCACUUGCAAAGGCUCAGUUUCACGAAAAGUAAUACGUUGGUAAUACAGAAGCUCCCCCACCUGUGCCCCAAUUUGGUGUACCUUCAGCUUGGCGAGUGUGAGGGUUUAACACCCCCAGAUAUGGAUUUCAUGUUUAGGAACCUUGAAAACUUAAGAGCAUUUGAGAUGCACUCGAGUUGGAAGUGCAGCCAACGGAGGUACCAGUAUCCCAGAAAUCUGGAGAUCCUAAAACUACCGGCUUGUAUGGUUAACGCCUGUGCUGCUGAGAUCUUUCAAUUGCCCCGACUCCGUCAAUUGACAGCUUUUCUGUGUCCAAAUUUGGGGCACGGCCACCUGGACGAUGAUGAUGGUAAGGCGAGUGGCAGUGGCACAGGAACUUUGUCCGCGUGCCAGCAGCAAAUUCGGGGUCGCAAUUGUCGGAUUGUGGGUCUCCGUUUGCAGUGUCGACUGGAUGACUGCAUGCCAGUCGUCGACGUCGAAGAGGUAUUCCGGCUGCAAUCCUUUGCCUGGCACUCGCAGCUGACGGUGCACUAUGAUGUGGCGGACGGGAGCGUCAAGUGGAUGCCACAGCGACCGCAGGCCGUGCGCUCCCUUCUCCGCUUCCUUGCCACCCAGGCGGCCAGUUUGCGGGAAUUGGAUUUCACGCGUAACGCACAUGCCACGCCCACAUUCCUCGCACAACUGGACGCCCACUUGAGGCGGGCCGGCGGCUGUCCUUCCAACCAACUGACAAAUACGGAUGCGGAUGUAAGAGCGAAUAGGGGUGCGGAUGCGAAUACGGAUGCGGAUACAGCUGAGACAAACGAUUUGGCGUUUGUCGAGCUGGAAUUGCUGCAUUUGCCUAAUGAACAAACGGAAGCAGGCACCGUAGAGGACAGCGAUGAGGGAUUGGGCCAAAAGGAUAAUGGAUUGCUGAUGUGGGGGGGCGAAUUAAGAGCAAAUUAAGUAAAUCUCGUGUGAUGCCCCUGAGAAUUUAAAGUCAACAUGGAGCUCAUUGUGUUAGUCCCUUAAGAAAUAUUUAAUAAUAAACUUGUUCUUAAUUAAAG